AACAUUCAUCGUGACAAUAUUCGUGUUUAUUUUAAGUGUUUCUUAUUCUUUGGCUCAUUUUCAUUCAGUAUUUAAGGUAUGUGCAAUUUUUUCUCGCCUUUCAGUCGAUUCUAAUCCAUGUCGCGUGCAAAACACAGUGUACCAAGCACAAAUUCGCCUGAAUAAUUUAAGCGAAUCAACAACAACAAACCGAACAAAAAGAAAAGAAAAUAAAACGAAGAAGAAGAAAAAUAAAAUAAUAUUUGGAUGUGAAAACAAGAAUUGUACGCUUUGUGGUGUUUGGCAGGUCAAAAAUAGAAAAUAAAGUCCAGUAACGGUAGUUAUUUUUCUACUGGUAGUGGCUGGCACAAAGAGAGAGAGAAGGAGAAAGAUACCCAGUGGUCGAAUAGUAGCGUCGUGUGUUAUUGUGUUUAUUUUAAAAUUAAUUCAAUAAGAAACUAGUUUAUUUUCGGCUGUGCUAAUUUAAUGAUAAAAUUAAAAAUGGAUAAGGGUACGCGUCCCAUAAGAAGUAGAAUGCAUAGUAGAAGAUCCUGGACACCUGUCUCCGGUGAUCUAAAUCGGCCAGUUAAGCGUCUGUUCACACCUGAGAUCAAGCGAAUGCUCAAGGAUUGGUUGGUGCGACGACGAGAAAAUCCAUAUCCAAGCCGAGAGGAGAAGAAAUCAUUAGCUCAAAAAACUGGAUUAACCUAUAUUCAGAUUUGCAAUUGGUUUGCGAAUUGGCGACGAAAACUUAAAAAUGCUGGCAAAGAACCACAGAAGAACACAUGGGGUAAUUUGAUAAAAAACUAUAACACCAAUGCCCGUGGAAAUGUGGAACAGUUCAGUAUUUGUUCGAGCGACAGUAUUUGGGAAGACGAAGAGCGUCGCAACGAAUACAUUGGCAACAAAAUCGCUAAUGCCAAUCGAAUGGCCGGAAAUUCACCGCAAUCCGCAAUGUAUUUCAAUAGUUUCCUUCGAUUUGAUCAGGACGUUUAUGUGAAACCCACGUACAAAAAUUCAGACAACAAUCAUGAGAAGAUUGAACACUUAGGUCAAUCGAAUGCGGAUGCUAAAAGCGAUGCCACCGACCUUUCAAACGAACAAUGUUAUCAGUUUGCUCGAACAAAAUUCUGGGUUGAUUCACAGGUAAGCUCGACGACAAACAACAAUAACGGUGAUUCUGUGAUUCAUAUGAAAGCAAGCAACGAACAAAUGGAAGUGGCGUUGAAGCAGCAACAGGCCAAUUGCUUUCCCAAUCCGAAAUACAAAAAUCAAAUCAUGGAAAAGUAUUUACAAAGUCUAGACAGUACACAGGAUAACAAAGGCAAGUGUGGGCUUGAAUUAUCGAAAUGGCUUGAAAGUGCAGCUAAGUUUACGCCUGAAAAGAAUAACUACAUCGAAUGGGAUUCAAAAAAGAUGUGUGCCAAACAAGACGAAUACCAGGACCAGUAUCUAGCUGAAACUAAUAUUACCAGCAUUCAUCAGAAAGAAGAGCUGGACGCAGCCGAAGCGCUCACUUUUUUGGCCGGCAACUUCAAAAGUCGAUGGGUCAAAUAAAGACAUUUCUUUGUUUAUUGUUGGAAGUGAUUAAUUUUUAUGAGUAUCAUUUUUCUAACGCAUUCCAUCACGGAAUCUUUGGUAGUUUGAAUUCUUGAAUUUCGACCAUACAUUUUUUUUUCUAUCACUUACACAACAAACGAAAGAGAAUUAUUUUAUUUAAUGACUGUUAAGUACAACAAUUGAUGUUGAAUUUAUUUUUAUUAUACCAAAUCUUGAAUAUAUAUAUUUUU